AUGAUGUACAGGACCAUCUCAACUCUGCUUACGGUUCUGCUGGCACUGUCAGAGGCGAGGACCUCCGCACAUGGCCUCAAGCUACCCUUCGAACGGCGUGCGCCGCGAGGGGCUAAUAUGCGUUCUCCUCGCGUCGCCACGCGGUAUUCAUUCAGCGCAAGCACACAGAAGGAGGACAUCACGAAUAUUGGGGACAUUCGGUACAUCGCGAACAUCACCAUCAAUGGCGUCGUCGUCCCCGUCGUGCUCGACACGGGGAGUACGGAUCUCUGGGUCAUACCCCCAGGCGGCAUUGGCGCCUUCAACGGCACCGGCAUCCCCCUGGAACUGCUAUACGGUGACGGAACCUACGGCGUCUCGGGCACCAUAGGCAUCUCGCCCUUCAGCUUCGGCACCUACUCCAUCGCACGGCAGGCGUUCAUGAACGCGCGCACGUCCACGAUCCUAGGUAUGCAAGAACUCGGCGUCUACGGGAUCUUCGGGCUCAGCUUCGACUUUGGGUUCGCCUCGCCCAUCAACACGAAGAUCCAGAGCCUGUACGGGAAUGAGGCGACGUGGGGCGCGUCGGUGCUGAAGAACAUCUUCGAGCAGCACCCCGAGCAGCCGAACUUCGUCGCGCUCGAGCUGGGGCGCUCGGAGGACCUGGAGGAUACAGAUGGGGGCGAGUUCACGAUUGGCGAGUAUGCGCCAGAGCAUGCGGUGGUGGCGAAUGCCACAAAGCUGGCGCAGUACCCGAAGGGAGGGAAUCGGUGGACGACACUGCUCGAGGGCGUAUAUGUGGAAGGAGAGGCGAUUGCGGUGGGCUCGGACAUACCGGGCGUUCCUGCGGGCCAUGCUCAGGUGCUGCUCGAUACGGGAGAUCCGAGCGCCAUUCUCCCGACGGCGACUGCCAAUGCGAUUUAUUCUCGUGUCCCUGGCGCUGCUCUGUAUGAGGCACCUACGGGCGAACACAUGUGGAUCGUGCCAUGCAACACCACUACGCUUGUUGAGCUUUCAUUCGCUGGCCAGCGCUAUCCAAUCCACCCUCUCGAUCUCACCACCCUGACUGACCCCAUCGAAGUGAACGGCCAAGAACGCAUUGCCUGUGUGGGCGCACUGAAAGGCGUCGACGCAUGGGGCGGGAACGAAUACGACAUGUCGCUCGGCGACAGCUUCCUCCGGAACGUCUACUCCGUCUUCGACUUCGGCGACCCCCUCCCUGACGGCUCGACCGGCGAGCCUUACAUGCAGCUCCUCUCACUCGUCGACCCAACAGAGGCGGUCUCUGAGGUAGCCACCAUCCGCGGCAAGACCCUCGCGACCCUCCCGCCAGAGAUCGAUCCCGCGACCCUCGUCCGCAUCCUCACCGGGACCGACGCGCCUUCUCCUUCGGGUACGAGCGGCGCGCCGCCCAUCGAACCUACUGAUGGCAGCAGCCCGGAGUCGAAGGCGAAGGAAAAGCCUAUCCUUGGCGUUUCAUCGCCGUCGGUGGGUGAGGAAGGGGUUGGACUCGCCGUGGAUGGGGAGACGUUCAAGAAAUACGCGCUGGCGGCCAUAUUGCUCCUUGCUGCGAACAUCGUGAUUGGGCUCGUGCUGAUCGUGUUCGCCGUCCUCGGAUGCAUGCGCAGAGGAAGUGCGGCUUCGAGAAAGAGCUCGGUAAGGGCAGUUGCACCGCAGUACGCGCCCGUCAAGUUGGAGGAGGAAGGGUAUUCGGGGCACUAUCAGCAGGGGUAUAAACACUAG